AUGACACAGAAGGUGGCUUGGAUUGGGCGCUACUCGGGGAGCGUAUGGACAAUCUUGCAGGGAGACAUUGAUACAGCCGUCAUCGUCGUCGCUACGCCGUCAGCUGCUGUUUUGUCGCGCUUGUCUGCUCAGUUUCGUCCACACGCGUUGUUGAUAGACUGCGCAAACUGCGUAGGUGACAUCGAAUUGCUGGGCAUCAUGUCAUCAUUCCCUACUCUGCGCGAGUACCAUCUCUACGGCGACCGACAUCAACCUGGCUUCAUUCCCCAUUUCCCCCAGGACAACCGCCGUCGCCGUCAUGAAUUUUCGGCGCAGGAUGGAUAUUCCCUCUUCAAGCGCUCCCUCGAAGCCGGUAUUCCUGCUCACCGACUCUCGGCGCAUUAUCGUUCAGACACCUUUAGCCACUUUUCGAAGCAACUGUUUUACCAUGGUCAGAUCAUUCGAAACACAUUCACUGAACACGAACCGCCACGAGUCAUGCCCGCUGGGGACACAACCGUCGUGUCGUUCCCCGAUGGUGAUGGGUGUCUACUGACAGGACCGUCAGAGCCUUACCCGGUCCAUCUCAUCAACUCCUAUAGGCGGUACGCAAAUCAGCUCGAGAACCCUUUCGAGGCCAGGUUGGCUGCGUGGUCUGUCAAUAAGAUUUUGUCGGUAGAUGACAGCUGUGUCAAGGACAAGAGGCUCCAAGUGAUCUGCAUGACCCGAGAGCAGGUGCCUCUUGUUGAGAAAGCUGUCAAAGAUACUGCAACCGGCAAAGACUGGUCCGCAGGAGACCGUUUCAGAUGUGUGAUGCAUAGAGACGCUACGGAAGCGGAUUACACCAUUCUCAGUCUUGUGUAUAGCUUUUCGACAGGGAAGCCACCGCCUGCACACUUUUACGACGAUGGCGUCAUUAACCUCGUUACAUCGAGACACAAAUUUGGGCUUACCAUUCUGGGAAACGUCCAGGACAUCAUUGAAGGCUCCAGUCACCGCACGGAUUUUGAAGAUCUUCCUCUUAUCCGCAUGUUCAAAUUGGUACUUGAAAACAACUGGUGGGCGAGAGCUGUUGAAGAUCCCGACAUACCAUUGCGCGUGUCUCAUGGCUCUGAACGGCGGCGAGAUGCUUAUUGA